AUGUCGUUCAGUGAACUCCCCAAUGAGCUCGUUAUCGAGAUUGCUCUUCUUUUAUCUACUGCUGGUGAUUUCAAGCGGUUUGCCUGCGUUAACCGUAGCCUAUUCAUACUUCUAAAGCCGAUUCUCUUCAAGAAAUUUGCCCGGACGGGUGGAAACCUUAUCAUAGCUCUCUAUUUAUCAGCUAUUACUCGGAACGUAGAGAAUAUCUGUAUAUUGCUCGAAGAUCAGCGCUCUGAGAUCCAAUAUCCGUAUACUAAUGGUCAAGACUCAAGGCUAAAUGAACUUCUUACUAAGACCGCAAAUAUAGAUAGGGUCGCAGCCUUCUUCAUAAAAUAUCACCGUCGUACCGUUAUAGUUGACAGUGCUUACGGACGUUCGCCACUAUUCUGGGCGAUGGUUGAGGAGCGUGAUGAUCUAUUCACCAAAUUUUUAAAGAUGGGAAUAGGGAUUGAUGUUGGAGACCACAUGGGACAAACGCCACUCGCCUGGGCGGUGAGGAAGGGGCCGUUUGAAACAUGUCGACGCCUUCUAAAUGCUGGAGCGAUUAUGAGUAGAAAGGAAGUUCAGAACCGAUUCACGCCGCUCCACGCUGCCGUAUAUUAUCGCUCAAUAGAUAUGGUCAGAAUGGUCCUCGGGUUUGGUCCUAAUGUGAACGCUCGAUCGCGAGUCGGUCGAAGCCGAGCGGGUUAUAGGGAAUUCUCACCGCUCUUCAUAGCUGUACAGAAAGGCAGGAAGGAUAUGACAAAACUCCUCCUGGAAAAUGGCGCUGAUCCACACAGUUUCACCACCGAGCCGGCUGCUCUGGAUCUACUAUUUGAGUGUGGUACAGAUGCAUAUACAAGUUCUGGGUUGAUAGGAUACAUGCCCAGCCCUCUUAGGUAUGCCAUAAUUGAACGAAAAGUUGACAUCAUCGAGAUGCUUUUGGGUGGUCAAGUCGAUAGCCUGGAUUAUAUCGGGGCGACUUCACUCCAGCAUGCAGCUUGUGACGAUGACCCAACUGUAGUCGUCUUUCUAUUGAAUAUUGGUGCGGAUCCGGACUAUAUGGGAUGGCGAGGCUACACUGCACUUAAGCAGGCCACUAUUGGUGGCUGUUUCCUUACAAUUAUGGCCCUGUUGCAGGCAGGAGCAAACAUAAACGCACGCUGUAAACGGCGUGGGCGAACCGCACUUCACUGGGCUGUAAUCAAAAGCGGUAAUGCUGAGCCAAGUAUCGGAGUGUUGUUGGAGAGAGGCAUUGACACUGGUAUUCGGGACUUUCGUGGGAUGACAGCUAUAGACUAUGCAAUGGAAAUGAGGUAUUACAGGGCGUUUUUAAAGAUUGAUGUUGCUGAAGGUCUCAGAGAGCGGGCGAAACGCUAUGGCCUUACCUGA